AUGGCCUGCCUAAACGCCUGGCGAGGGCAAACCAAAGGGGGCGAGGGGAGAGCGGCUCGAGAGGCCUGUGCGGCGGUGGUGGUCGCGAGUCGUGAAACCAACGGGGUGUUGCGGCCGCUGCUCAACCGCCCCCCGCCUUGGCCGAUGGCCGCUUUCCUCACCGACGUCGUCGCGCUCCUCCGCGAAUUCGAGGCGGCCGAGGUGGCGGCGUUGGAACGAAACGGCGCCUUGGACGACGUCGAGGCCGCGCUCGUGCGGGGGUUUCACACCGAAGGCGGGGCUCGCCACGCGGCGAACGCGCUCUUUGAUCGCUACCUUCGACUUCUCAUGGAGGAAGGGCUGCGGCUUCGCACCUCGCGCGCGCGUGCGCUCGUGCGGUGCGUGGAAAGUCGUUCGGAAAGUGGGCUGGAGGCGUUGGUGGAGGCGUUUAUGCUGCUCUGUACUUCUCGGUUUGGGUUCACGGAACCUUUUUUGGAGGCGGUGUGGCUUCCACCCUGGGCGCUCACGCGGCUCGUGGAGCUCGCCGCCCGGCUUCACAGCUCCCGCGUUCCCACCAGCACCGCCAUCCUCUCCGCGUUGCUUCGCGUGCUGAUGGAAAAGGGGGUCGCGGCAUGCGGGGAUAUGCCCUCCUUGAACGAGGUCGCCUCGCUGUUGUUGUUGCCGAUCUGCUCGGACUUAGGGGUGAAGGAGCAGCUGGUGGAACGGAUUAGUCAACGCGCAAUCGAGCUCAGCCAAAGGGAAGGUUCGACGAAUGCAAAGGGGAAUGCGCUAACGGAUUGCGCGCUGGAAAAGGCGUAUCUUAUCGCCUAUCUGGUUCGUGCUAAUGCACCGGUGAGCGAGAAGUUGCUGUCUGCGUUUCGUCAGUCCGCAUGA